UAGGCCUUGAGUCCAGCCUUUUUCCUGUUUCAAUCUCUCUCUGAAUCUAAAGGACCCUUCUUCUCUGUCUUUUCCAUCCACAUUUCUACAGGAAAAAAACACCAAGUGAUUCUUGGGUUGAUUUCAGUUUCAAAGAUUUGAGUUUUACUAUUUUUUUUUCUCCUUCUGGGUAUUGAUCUGUGAAGCUUGUGCAGCCUUCAUACAAGGUGACAAGGUUGGGGUUGGACUUGUAUCUGAGAACUGGGUUGUGAUUAUUUUAGUGCCAGCUUUUUCAUCAGAAUCAAGAAAGCUUUAAUCUUUUUUAUUCUUCCGAGGUGUUUCGUCCCUACGUGUUAAUCACAUUGUCCUGUUCAUAUAUGGCAUAAGACUCGGAGCUUGAAGAGUCUCUGACUUUGAAUGCUUUUGAGGACAUUGAAGAGUUUGGUUUCUGAAAGAGAAGGGCCUUUGUUUUAGUCACCCACAAUGUGCAAAGCAGGGGACUUUGAGAGGUGUGAUUACAGAACAGAGUGGAAGAUGGGAUACAAGGUUUUGAGUAAUGUAGAGAAAUUGAAGAACUCAAUUUUCAAGAUGAACUCAUGGUUGUUGAUCAUGAGAGCAAUUGUGACAGCUUUGGUUUGGGCCUCUGCGGUUCAGUUGAUUGGGAUUUGGUUGAUUAGAGGGCCAAGAGUGUUCAAGGUUUGGCCUCCUUGUAAUCAAUUAGAUUUGCACGUUGCUUCUGAAUUGCCGAAGCUUCCAAUCCCAGUUUUCCCACCAAAGAGGGUUUAUAAGAAUAAUGGGUAUCUAAUGGUUUCUUGCAAUGGAGGAUUGAAUCAAAUGCGAGCAGCGAUUUGUGAUAUGGUUGCAAUUGCCAGAUAUUUGAAUGUGACUCUUAUCGUUCCAGAGCUGGAUAAGAACUCAUUUUGGGCUGCGAGUGAGUUUCAAGACAUUUUCGAUGUUAAUCAUUUCAUUAGAUCAUUGAGAGAUGAGGUUCGGAUACUAAAGAAACUGCCCCCAAAGCUCAACAAGAGAGCAGUAUACUCAUUGCCACCUGUUAGUUGGUCCAACAUUUCCUACUACAUUCAUCAGAUCCUACCGCUGGUGCGAAAGUAUAAAGUAGUGCAUUUGAACAAAACCGAUGCUCGAGUGGCUAACAAUGGGCUACCCCUUGAGAUUCAGAAGUUGAGAUGCAGAGUCAAUUUCCAUGGUCUGAGAUUUACUUCCCAGAUAGAGGAAACCGGUCGAAAGCUUGUCAGAAUUUUAAGAGAAAAAGGCCCUUUUCUGGUGCUUCAUCUCAGAUAUGAAAUGGACAUGUUGGCAUUCUCUGGCUGCAGCCAUGGUUGCACCAAUGAUGAGGUGGAAGAACUCAACACAAUGAGAUAUGCUAAUCCAUUGUGGAAGGAAAAAGACAUUGAUUCUGAAAUGAAAAGGGUAGAAGGCUUGUGCCCUCUAACACCAGAGGAAACUGCUCUGGUAUUGGUUGCAUUAGGUAUAGAUCACAAUGUUCAGAUUUAUAUUGCUGCCGGAGACAUAUACGGUGGAGAUCGAAGAAUGGAAGGUUUGAAAGCUGCUUUUCCUAAUGUGGUCAGGAAAGAGACGCUGCUCGAGCCUUCGGAAUUGAGGUUCUUCCCAAACCACUCUUCUCAAAUGGCAGCAUUGGACUACCUUGUGUCUCUGGAGAGUGACAUUUUCGUUCCUACAUACGAUGGAAACAUGGCCAAAGUUGUUGAAGGCCAUCGCAGGUUCUUAGGUUUCAAAAAGACUAUUUUACUAGACAGAAGGCUUCUCAUUGGUUUGAUAGAUCAGUUUACUAGUGGAUCAUUGAGCUGGGAUGAGUUCUCUUCCAUUGUGAAGGAAGCUCAUGCCGAUCGGAUGGGGAGCCCGAAAAAACGAGUUUCUAUUGUUGAUAAACCAAAAGAAGAAGACUACUUCUACUCAAAUCCACAUGAAUGUUUGCAACUGUUAGAUAAGCCAUUGAGAACAACAUGAUCCCAUUCAUGCCAAAGUCAUGGUUUUCACAGUUCCUGCACUUUGUCAUUGAGAAUUUAUACAGCCAGUGAUUGCUUCAUGAUGUGGUCUAACCACAGAAAGGGAUUGGGCUAUGUAAAUACAAAAUUGGGUUGGAGGUGAAUAUGAUAAACUUCAAAGCAUUAUUUAUAAAGUCUUUGAUUAAUUAAGUCCAAAAAUAAGCUUACUGUAAAUAAAAGAAAUAUAGUUGGCCUCUCA